AUGGAAGUACCGAAUUUCGCUGAUCUUGGGAAAAAUGCGAGGGAUGUUUUCAAAACGGGCUAUCACCAUGGAAAAGGUCUUAUCAAGUUCAAUGUCAAGACUAAAUCUGCUAAAAGAUUUCUGAUGACGAGUGACACAAAUCUGAAUUUUGAAACGUCAAAGUUAAGCGGUUUAAUGGAGACGAAGUACAAGGCAAAUGCUGGGGCUGUACUACUAAAAUGGACGACCGAGGGUGUGCUUUCCCUGGGAUACGAGUUUAGUGGGCUGCUAAUGAAGGGCGUUGAUUUACUCUCCGAGUGCACUUAUAAUCCGGAAACGGCCGCGAAAAGCAUGAAGCCAACGGUAUGGACUCGGGCAUCAACCUGCUUGGCUCGGUAGUGGUGAAAUGUCGGGAUUUGUUCCUGGGCUAUCAGGGUGGCUACGAUAUAA